AUGGAAUUGCCCGCCACUACGUCUGUGUGGACCGGAAAGGCCACUCAGUCCCUCUUUCGCAUGUAAGCAUUCUUUGUUUGGUGCGCGUAACUUGGCGUCUGCGCGAAGGCUGUACAAUUGUUUCCCCUUCAUAAUAGGCUCCUCAAUCAGCUUUUUUGUUUUCGAGAUAACUGGCAACUUGCAAGUUAGUUUAUUUAAACACUCGUAAAUAAUUUCCAAAAACUUCGGCACAAAUGACAGACAUCAUCUUUGCAAAGGCGAGUUAAACGUACAAUCUGCCAAGAAUAGGACCUGUUUAUAUCGUCCUGCAUAUACAAGUUAUCUUUAUUUCAGUUUCAACACAGAACGGACUAUUUCCCGGUUCUUAGUUGUCAAUUUGGAACCUUACUUAUGUUGUCUAGUAGUCUCUCUUUCCCUCACUUCUCCUCUCCACCCGGUCUUCCUAAAUUGCCUGGAAUCUGAUUUUUAAAACGUCAGUAGAAAGUCGCGUCGUUGCACUCUUUCUCAUACAAAAUUGGCCAAAAGAUCUUCCUAGGGCGGAUCAUUAUUUCAACUUCAAAAUAUAUUUAGCGAAUCUUUCUGCACGUAACUUUUGCCAUUCACAAUCGUUUUUGUCAUCAUUUCUUGUAGGUCUUUUAUUCCGGCGAUCGUGCUUUGCUGGAUGUUUUCUAAACCGGUGCUUUCGAGCACCGUAUUUGGUAGGUCAGCGUGUACUUCUCUAUCUGUCUACCUCCAAAGUUAACUCUGUGGAGUGUUUUGCAGGCGUGUCUAGUCCAAUAGUUGCCGAGGGCCUUGUCUUGUUUGGACGAUCAAACGGCCGAGAAAGCAUCUGUUAUAUUCGACCAGCGGAUAAAGCUUCCUUCCUCAGCGUCCGCAUUGAUAGCCUUCAUCUGCUUGGAGAUUGCUCGACCUUUCGUAUUUCGCAAUACAAACUUUCGUUGUUACAGCUCGCGCAGAAUGGAGGAAAUGUUUCCGCCAAACUCCAAGACCCAGUCUACGUCAACUUACUUGUAAGCAAACAUGAUGCAAACUGCCAUAAGUGUUUUCUUCUUGCUUUGCGGUCUGCAUUCUUCAACGAAGUCUCGGGCUACGUCGUUUGCACCGAAUGACAAAGACAGCAAAAUGCGGUGCACUUCUGUGUGCCUAGCACUUAACCAUUUAUGAACUGAUACCCUAGCUCCAAGUCGAACAUAGGCUUCGAGGGGUGAGAUCCUGUCUCGACUUAGGCGCAUACUUGUUAAAGGAGCUUCCGCAUGGGCUUGUAAGACAGCAGGUCGUCACAACCACCGCCACCAACAUCGUCUUCGACGACGACGGUGUCUUACGGUUAGGCGUUCUAAUAAGACGCCGUGAUGGUGCCUUUAGAGUCCGUGGAACAAAAUUCUUAUCGUUUUAAUUUGGGCAGGCCUCAUUGUCCGUCAGUUUCAACUUUCUUGAUGAUGAGUCAUGGUUCUACCCGUCCUUCAUAGGAAUCUUUGCCAAACACGGCACUUAUCUAAAACCGCCGGCAGUCCCACGUCCAAUUUAUUUUCGGAUGAUUCCUCUACUCUAUCAUCCCUGCCCAUUUUAUGGUCGUCCCUACAAAUCUUCGAGUCGUGAGUUCUGCGAGCGUGACUACUUGGUUGUCUCAUAAUUAUGAGAUCAGAAUCGCUUAACCUGCAUCGGACACCUCUGCGAAUCGAUGCCCUCCUAUAAUUUCACGCCAAACAGCUUACCCUCACAAAGAAGCCCGACACCUCCAUUAGGGAGGCCAUUGAUAAUAAUAUCUGCAUAACUGUCUUUCUGAAACGACAAAUCGAUCGCUAGGGUUAGGGACAUUUGUGUAGUCAUUGUUAACCUCUGUCACCCUCGGCCUUGUUGCGGAGUGCGCUGGACGGUUAAGGAUGCAGUCCAUGAUUGGUGCUAUCAAACAGCACUGAAAGCUUGACCACCGAGGAUGAUACACACAAGUAGGAACUGGUAGUUCCCAUUCGUCACUGUUCAAGAAGGUGAGUAUACGUAAACUGGCACGGCCAUACCAGAAGUGCUUUGGUAUUAUUGCUGCAUGUUUCGAGUACCGCCCUGCAUGUGAUCGCUCAAUGGACUUGUACUGUUUUCACCGAUCAGGCCGCAUCUCUGCCAUCCCCUGAAGAUACCUGCCGGUCAGAGUUCUGCGAUUCCGGGCGGGAAAGGGUCAAAUGGCCGAGCAAUUCCGUAAAUACAAAACAAGGAAAUCCUUGACCAAUCUAGAUAUAAUUAGUUGUAUCGUUCCGGAGUCCGAUAUCCCGUGCGCCGUUGUCGUCCUGCCGAAGUUACUGGCCAAUCUGAGUGUCUGUUUGCUGUGGUCCAGUUUUAGGCAUCGCAUUUGACGCUCCCAUCAACAUUUCAUCUCAACUUGACAUUCAUUGCCCCUAUCAAACUCCCAGUCGUUAAUCAAUACGUAAUGCACUAAACAGAAGCCUAAAUUGGAUAGGCGCGUUGAAUAUCACAGGUAACACUGAGUAACUCUGAGACCUAUAUUCCCUAUUCUAGAUUUUGCUUACAGGCCUCACACCUUUUGUAGCUUUUUGCUGUACACGCCUAUGGGUGAAAAACACUAGCGACGCCCCUUGCUCAUUUGAGUGGAUCAUCGAAAGACAAUGGCCGUUCGUCUUCCACAAAAAUAGGAGUAUCCGGGCGUCUGCCUUACGCGCUGCCUAGUAUGAAACCUGCUCCUGAUGAAUUUCGCUUCCAUGCUGUCUACUAAAUCCCGCAGAAUAAAUCUCGAUUAAGUGCUAGGUCGUUUAAGCCCGACGCCCGCGUCAGCCCAUUUUUACGAUUUCAUUAAGUUUUAAACUCCUAGUGGCACAGUCAACAGAACCUCAACCUGAUCUAUCGUGUUCGAGAAUGAGGUGAAGGCCUAUCGAGUUGCGGUCAGAAUCACAUCUGCGCCCAAAGGAACGAAGUCUCAGUCAGUCAGGAGCUUUGUGAUCCUUUGAAAUGCCGUGGACUUUUUAAGCUUCGGCGUUUGGAGCACGCGACUGUUUUCCGAGGUAGCUCUAUGUCUUACACGGGAGUGCUGGCGGUUCUCUCACUUGCUUGUCUUUGUGUACAUUUGCAAACUAUUCCUUCUUACCUUAAUCCUGGUUUUCCCAAGGCAGAAGCCACCUGCAAAAACGCGGAAAAAUUGGCUGACCAAGUGCUUACAACUUCAGACGUUGGCUUCGGUUUGAUGCUUAAAUUCAAGUCUUAUCCCUCGGAGGACCCAAGUUCCUUUCGUGUAACAGUGACUGCUUAUCGUAAGUUGGCAAAUCUUGACCUUUGA